AUGAGGUCCACCAGGAGAGUGUUCUUGGCCUUUUUGUCGACUGUCCAUCUCGCCUCAGCAAUAUCGAAUAUUACCUUCUACUCCGACACGACGUGUACGGAUAUGCUCGGCAUCGAAGCAGGGCCCGACGAUGGCACUUGUACUCCAUUCCCGGAAGAUGUCCUGUCAUUUCAGAGUUUCAGGGUCACCAGUCUGGAUCAGACAUGUGGAGUGACCGUCUACGGGUCAGACAUCCCCUAUUGCAGCUCCGACACAAAAUCCAUCGCGUCGCUCUCGGACUGUAUGACCAACACGACGGUCAAUCAGUUCUCGGUCGAUUGUCAGGACGAGGCUAUUGCAACAGCUUCCGCGCCAUCAGUCGCUCCUACUGCAACUUCGUCACCUUCCACCACCGACUCAAGUCUAAGCGCAGGUGCUAAGGCGGGGAUCGGUAUCGGAGCAGCUGUCGGCGGACUCUUCUUGGUCGGUCUGCUGGUUUUCGUCGCUGUGCGCUACAACAGGAAGAGACGCCGCGAGGUGGAUUCCAGUACGGUCGAAGCCGAUCCGACGCCAGCCGUGCCGCCUUACUCGUCCGGUUUGUCUCAGGGCGAGAAGAAUGGGCCUGUCGAGUUGCCUCCACAAGCGUCUAUACCGGUGGAAGCGCCUGGUGACGAGCACUGGCCAGCCCCCCAAGAGCUACAGGGUGAUUUGGCUAAGCAGUCUGAAAUGGAAGGGUCGAUGCCUACAGCGAAAGGGAAUUCGGAACAGGAUAUCAAAAGCGAUGUCAAGAGCGAUAGCAGGCUUGUGAAGGAGGAGAAGCCUUGA